AUGCACCAGCGUGUAUCUGCGUGUACAGUCUAACACCCCUUCACUCCCGGAUUUAUGACUAAUGCAUGAUUCACUCCAUUCAGAUUGCACACACUGAUUGACUUUCGUAUCUUCACUUUAUGCUCCUACACAAAGCUAUGGUAUGCGUAGACACACAAGCAGUUCCAUGCAUGUUAACAAACUUUUGACAGAAGAAAGCGCAACUUCAGUGGAUUGAUUACGCACUGCAGAAUGAAUUGGAUUGUUUAUCAUUGUCGUAGAAUAAAUUGGGUGCAAUAAGAGUCAGUGCUAGGCAAGAUGUCCAACACAAUUGAAAUCGACCAGUCUACAUUCGAUGCACUCCCCCGCACUCAGCGUCUCAAGCUAGCCAAGAAAGCUCGUCAGGAGCAACUGCGUAAGUACUACGCCAGAGAGAGGGAGGAACAGAGGAACAGACCUGUCGACAGUGGGCCACGGACGCCCAACAAGAAGGGGACAAGGGUCAACUUCCAGCUAGCCAAUAAGCUCCGAAAUGCGAUCACAAGAUUUGAUGUUAAAGAAGUGCUUGCAUUAUUAGAUCAGGGAGCUGAUCCCAACACAUCGUCAGAGAGUAGGGUCACCGUCCUACAUCAGUGUGCUCUUGAUGACAACCUAGCAGCAGCAGAGAUCCUGGUAUCCCGCGGUGCCAUUGUUAAUGCACAGGAUGAUGACUGGUGGACGCCGCUCCAUGCAGCAUGUGCCUGCGACUUUGCCGAAGUCACACAGCUUCUCCUAAAUAAUGGUGCUGACGUGACGCUCCUAGACAUUGAUGGUAAUGUUGCUCUGGACCAUGCAGCAGAAGGCAGCGAGACCAGACUGGUUAUGGACCAACACAUGCAGCAAGUUGGAGUUGACAGUAACACACUGAAGGGUGUCAAGCAGCGAGAUGCUGAGAGAAUGCUGAGUGACAUCAAGGAGUUCUUACUGACUGGAGGAAACGUCAACGCAACAAAUGACAGAAACACAUCAUUGCUCCACAUAGCAGCAGCGAACAACUACCGGGCGGUGGCCAAGCAUCUUUUGGAUCGUCAUGCCGACGUGGAUACAGAAGAUGACGAGGGGAUGACGCCGUUGCAUCUAGCAGCAAGGUUCGGCCAUACGAAGAUGGUCAAACUACUGACCAGGAGAAACGCUAACCCGAAAAUCAUCAAUAUCAAUGAGGAAAGACCAGUUGACCUAGCUGCCACAGAACUCAUUCAAGAAAUGCUGAAGACAGCUAUGCAGGAAUAUCUACCCAACCGUCUCAAAUCCAUCUCGGCAACCAGCAACGAAGAGGAAAUCUAUGAAGAACUUUCUGGAACCACUCCAGAUGGAGUGGCCCGAAUCAACAGUAAAAAUCUACGUGCCAGGUCAUCAUCUUUAUCUAAGACGGAGGAGAUUUUCGAGGCCCAGACGAGAAUUCCGGACGAUAACAGAAGAUUCAGUCAAGAAAUGAACGAAUCAAUCAAGUGCAUUGGUCUGAAGAUAGUGCCUGAAGAUGAAUCUGUGUAUCUACCAGGCACCAGCUCCACAGACGAUCUGACCUCCAUGUCUGAGUUAUCACAGAACAUGAUCCUGCAGGAGCUGAUGCUGAGAUAUAGCAAGGAUAUCAUCUAUACCUACGUGGGUGACAUCCUGAUCGCCGUCAACCCCUUCAAGACACUCCCCAUCUACUCCUGCCGUGCCUCCCGCCAAUACUGCGAUCUUGCUGACCGUCGUGCCCUGACGCCGCACAUCUUCUGCGUAGCCGACGGGGCGUAUCGGGCCAUGCUGAGGGAAGGCAAGUCCCAAUGCUGUAUCAUCAGUGGAGAGAGCGGUGCCGGCAAGACGGAGUCCGCCAAAUACUUCGUCCAGCAUUUGCUGCUAAGGGCUCAGAGUGAAGAGAGCCUGCUGAACGAAAAGAUCCAACAGGUGAAUCCAUUACUGGAGUGUUUCGGCAAUGCUCAGACAGAGAUGAAUGACAACUCCAGCCGUUUUGGCAAGUACCUGUCCCUCCUCUUCUGCCACGAUGGGCGGGUCCAGGGGGCGACGUUGUCCGAGUAUCUCCUGGAGAAGUCCAGAGUUGUGUAUCAGGGACAGAGAGAGAGGAACUUCCAUAUCUUCUACCUGAUGUAUGCGGGUCUGUCUGAAGAAGAGAAGAUUGAGUUUGGCCUCUCCAGUGCAGAGAAUCACAGGUACUUGAACAAAGGUCAUGAUGUGAGGAAGGCCGUUAACACAGCCUGCAAGCUGAAGUUCCAAUCCGUCCGAGAUUGUCUCCAUCUUAUUGGUUUCUCCAAGGACGAUGAAGACAGUCUAUUCCGUACCCUCGCUGCCGUCUUGCAUCUCGGUGAUCUAGACUUUGCCCAGUCUGACAAGGACAUGGCGCGCCUCGUCAACCAGGAGGUGCUGGACAAAGUGUCCCUCCUCCUACAAGUCUCUGCCGAUGAGCUGGGAAGCGCUAUCAUGUCAGAGACGACAUAUACAAGAGGUGAAGCCAUCACCAAGCUUCGAACCGUAACCCAAGCUGAGGAGUGCCGUGAUGCUCUAGCCAAGGCCAUCUACAGCCGUCUCUUCAGCUGGGUAGUCAAUAACAUCAACCAACUCCUGCAACCCGUGGAGGAAGUCGAGACUGCCUUUGAGAUUGGAGUCCUGGACAUCUUUGGUUUUGAGAAUUUCAACAGGAACAGCUUUGAGCAGACUUGCAUCAAUCUUGCCAACGAGCAACUCCAGAAUUUCUUCAACGAGCACAUCUUCAUGAAGGAGCAAGACGACUGCGAGAGAGAAGGCAUCAAGCUGGAACGGAUCAACUUCACCAACAACAAACCUUGUCUCGACCUCUUCCUAGAGAGACACACAGGAAUCAUUGCACUUGUUGAUGAGGAGAGCCAUUUCCCAAGAGGGACAGAUAAAUCACUGGCCACCAAGCUUCAUAGCGGACUGGGCACUAAGGCUAAGAAUAUCUACUUUGCUCCUAAAGAUGGUGGGCUGACGUUUGGCAUUCUGCACUAUGCUGGCAUCGUGAACUAUGACCUCUCUGGUUUCCUGGAGAAGAACCGAGACACGCUGGCCAAGUCUGUUCAGUUUACCAUGAAAACGAGCUACAGUCCUCUGAUUCGUGAGAUGUUUCAGAGUAAAGUGACGCGGACCGGAUCAAUUGCUCCCAGUGUCAGGCAGCGAGCAACGAGAAAAUCUCGCAAGCAAUCUACCAAGAACACCAAGGAUGCCUUUGCUUUCUUCCGUCAGCAACGCAUGUCAGAAAGAGGAAGCCAGAAGAGGAAGAAAGUUGAAAGACCUGUCACAGGAACGGAAAGGAAAGGAGCUGCCACAGUCUUGUUCCAUUUUAAGAAUUCCCUAGCGGAGCUGAUCAGCAAGAUGACCGACGCUUCGCCUCAUUUCGUCCGUUGCAUCAAACCUAACACUGCCAAGCUGCCUGAUAAGUUCACUCCAGAGUAUGUUAUAGCUCAGCUGCGUUACACCGGCAUCAUGGAGACGACUAGAAUCAGACAGCAGGGCUUCCCCCUACGCCUCAUGCCACAGGAAUUCAUGCAAAGGUACACUGCCCUGGUGGAGUUCUCCACUGACCGUAAACUGAAUCAAACAGACCUACAGAGAUGUAAGGACACACUCAAGCAUCACAACAUCGCUGAAUGGAAGCUGGGCAAGUCGUUCAAGUUCUUCUUCCGACACUGGCACGCGGAGAAGCUCCAGGAGCUUAGCAGCCCAUUGGAGAAGAAGAUUGUAACGUGUCAGAAAGUUGUGCGCGGCUUUCUGAGCCGGCAGGGAAUGAAAAGUCUUCUUACGAGAUGGAAACGACAGAAGGAUUGCGUAGCGGUCUUCUUGAAUGAAAUACAGCGCAAGGGCGACUUGGUGUUUGAGGUUCAGGAGACGUGUAAUAAUCACGACGAGGCCCGAGGGCUGGAGAAGGAGCUGUUGGAUGCGGCAGCGACGGGCGUGAAUGGAGAGGACGGGGGACAAAGAGACGGGGAGAAUGGCGACAUCCAGUCAGACAUAGAAAGAAAUUGUCAGACACUCUCAGUUGAGUCUGACUAUGCUGAGAUGACCGGGGGCAUUAGAACCUCUAGCUCCUUCCAAGACACUUCUUAUGAGUCCAUGAUAUUGGAUGAUGAUGCCUAUGACGACCAGAGCAUUUACGUCAAAGAUGAUCUAGACCGUCGCCCCUCUGUCCUGCCUUACCAGUUGACGACUGAACAGAUUAAGAUCAAUAAAUCUAAGUAUACUUCUCAACCUUUUGACACUGGUGCUGAGGAGGCAAAAAAGCCAGACUCGAGUGAGGUGUUUGACGACCCUAUUUAUUCCACGAAGAUCGCCAUCACGGUAGAUUUGGACAUCGGUGGUCAAGGCUCGGGGCCUCCACAAGAACCACCACCACGGUCUAGCUCGCUAAGCGGUAUGGAUGGAUUGAUUGGUCAACCAGGUGUUAUGGCUCCUCCCCCUCCUGCCCCUCCCAAUGGUCAUGUGACCUCCAGAGAACCACAUUCUGAGGACCAUCUACCGCCACCACCAUCCCCUCCACCUAUUGCCGAUUUGGAGGAUGCCAAUAUUCCAAGUGACUUGCCGCCUCCCCCACCAAUGGCAGACGUCAGUGGUGAAACCAAACAGAAGAUCUCCAACAUCCGAGCCAUGUUUCUCCAGGAGGAGAAGAACACGGAUGUCCCAGCUGAACAGAAGAGAUGGAGUAACCCGCCAAGGUUUGAGGAGGGAGAAGGUGGGAGUCCAAACAAAGCACGCAUCGCUGCCUUCAAAGCCAAGCUGGAGUCCACUGAGAAGGAACAAUCUGUUCAGUCAGUCCCAGAGAAACGAUGGAGUAGACCGCUGUCAGACAUCCAGGCCCAGUUCUCACCGUCUCCCGAGCCAACGAAGGAGAACAUUGCUUCAAGUUCAGGCGGGGUCAAGAAGCGACCCCCAGCCCCUACUCGAGAUCCAAACACACGUCUGACGAUGGGCACUGAACAAAUGGUGGCAUUCCACGAACAGAAACAACGUUGCGUGUCCAGCUCGGAUGCACCAACGAGUCAAUUUGUCUUCCCUUCAGGUGACUCCAGACAAAUUUCAGAUUCUUACGGGAUGAGCAUUCCCCCUCCACCAGCUAUGCCUGCCCCUCAACCACCUCAACAACUGAACUAUGGCAACGACUACCCAAGCCAUGGUAGUCAUACUGAACCUCGCUAUGGUAACGUCAACCAGCCAAUCUAUGGUAACGUGGACCAACCAGGCUACAGUACCAACCAACCAAUUUACGGAAACGUCAACCAGCCAGGAUUUGAUUAUGACCCGUCACCGUUUGCCGACUUCUAUCAGAACAUUCCACCCCCUCCGACAGAGGCCCCGCCCCCUCCACCACCAAACUCCAACAAUGUCUUCACUCAGAUUCCUGGAGCCAUAAGAUCGUCCAAGGUGCCUGUUCCACCUCCUGCAUCGGCACCCCCACCUCCUCCUGGCCCGGCACCCCCACCACCCCCAGGGUUACCCCAGGCCCCUAUGGCACCCCCUCCCCCGCCACCACCUGCGGCACCAGUAGGGGGUCUAUUGGAUGGCAUCAAGAAUAUGAAGUUGUCAUCAGUGCCAGCUAACAAUGGUGCGGAGAGACAACGUAAGAAGUCGGAGGCGCCCAUGGAUAACUUGAUGGCUGAGCUGUCUCAGGGAACCCACAGGCUACGACCAACGCCUAAACCCAUCAAGGGUCCAACUACUGAGGGACAAGUCACAGAUUCUGACGAGCCAGCCAAGAUAGUCAAUAAGCGUCAACCUCCCCCUGUCAGUCCCAAAGCCCCACCCAGCCCCGCCCCCAAGACCGCUCCCAAGAGCCCGGCCCAUGUUCCACAGUCGCCAGGGAAGGCUAUCCCGUCCGUAGCACCCAAACCGAAGAAGUCAGCUGGAACAACGCCCCCUAGAGAAGAGUUUAUCCAACCACCGCCGCCGCCGACAGGACAUCAAGGUGUCAAGAAGGCAGCUGUGGCGCCCCCACCUAGUCAAGCUCCCCCAGCCGGAGCCAAUGGCGUUGAUCCUGAGGAGGAACUUCCUCCAUGGAAGAAAGCAAUGAGGGAUAAGAAAUUAAAAGAGCAACAGGAAAAGGAACAGCAAGAAUCCGCUAAGAAGCAAGAGGAACAAGCAAAAUGGAAGGACGUCCCAGAGUGGAAGAGGAAGAUGAUCAUUGAGAAAGAGAAGAAGAAAGCAGAGGAGGCAGCCGCUGCCGUGGAUCAUGAGAAGGAAGAACGAGAGGCCAAGCUGAAGUCAAUGCCCACGUGGAAACGGAACCUCGUCAAGAAGAAGACAGAAGGAGAAGUAGAUAACAACAAUGGUAUCUAGUAGGCCCAAGUACGAAUGUAGUCCCAUUUGAGAAUUGACACCUGUUUGAGAAGACGGAGAGAGAGAGGAAGAUACUAAAUGUGUGUAGUAGGUGAUGGGUGCAAUCAGACCAAGUAGGAAUUCAGUCCCAUUUGGGAAUAGGCAGCCUGGUCUGGAAUGAAUCAUCGAAGAGAAAGUAAAGGUAACAAAACAUGCAAUCAUGGAAGAGUGAAAACAGAGAAGACGAUUGUUCCAUUUAUGGAAUAAAAGCUACGAAAAGAUAAUACAAAAAUACGUUCAAUGAUACUUUCACUUUUUAAGUUCUUUCAGUUUACAGUUAUGACAGCUUUAACUUGUGCAGCAUUUACAUGAAAAUGACACUGUUUUUGGUCCUUCAUUUAUGUCUUUCCCCUAAAGUUAUACAUGUAUGUUAUUUAACAAUAAAUGAUUACAAACAUAUUAACGAAAUUAUCUUUUAUAUAUAUCGGGGUUUUUUCCCAGCCGCUUUUGUGUGUAUAAUUUGUAUUAAUGAGCUGUUCCAUGGCCAACAAUAACUGGUGCUUAGCAAGUAUUAAUCUGAAAUUGAAAUCAAAGCGAGUGGAAAUCACAUACAUGAAACGUUUGUAUGAUUUCGACCUUCCAGUUACCCACUCAAUAUUCCAAAUGCUAAAUUCCAGACAAGAGGGUGAAAUUAAACCACGAAUGUGUACAGAUAAAAUACCUACUAGUAAAAAUAAAUUCCUAGCUGUGGCAUGCACUUUACAUGUUCGAAUGAUGCGCUUACAGUGCAAAAUUUGUUUGUACAAACAAGGAAUUUUGGGGGGUAAAUGUCUGACAACUGACUGUAAUUUCACCGUGUGUUACAUUCCAUAUUUCCUCCCCAUUUGCUUCUUUAAUUGAAGCUUCUCAUCCAUGUACAUAUUAAUUCCAUUUACAUAUUAAUUCCAUGUACAAGUAGGCUGGCCCUACUGUAACACAUUUCAGCAUGCACUUCCAUGUAAAUGUACAUUAUACUAUGCAGAUUUUCACUACAAAUUAAAAAAAAAAAUUGAACAUUACCACAAAAUCCAUUUUGAUAGGUUUUGUACAGUAUUAUGUUUUUCUCCCUCUCGCUGUUUUUUGUGUGAGGUUUGCAACAACAACAAAAUGUACAAUACUGUUAUUAUCCUUUACUUGUAUUCUAGAUUUGAAACUGCUUUUUUUGACUAUACGUGUAUGCUUGUUUAAUCAUGCAGUUUCUAAGCAUUAUUGUGGUCUGAGUUUUUACCAAGAUUUGAAAUUGAUUAUAGUAUGUUAAUUUUUGAAUGCGUAAAAUCGGGCUCGCAAAUUAUGCAAAUUAUGCAAAUACUUAUGCAAAUGAAUUACUAGUACAUUGUGAACAGAGGGAAGUAUUUUGCAAAGGUUGUAAGCUGUAAAAAAAUUGUGUUGCUUAUAAAAUGUAUAAGCAACACAAAUGCAUUGUAUUAAUAAUACACUGCCUUUUUUUUUCUCAGCCGCAAUUUGGUUGUGCAUGUUAUUACUUGUAAUUAUAAGUCACCUAAAAAUAAAAUAUACUUUCCAUUCCCAUUUUUUUGUAAAGAUUAAUUAAAAAACUUUUUAACAAACGAUGGUGACCAUUCCUAAUGAAUUAGUCUAGAUAAUAACUUAUGUACGUGAACUAAGACAUAGGUACAUGUGUAAAUAUAUACGCACGUUACAAAUUCUGAUAUUUCUGUAAUUACAUGUCAAGGACAAAAUUUACAGACGAAACUGAAACUAAUUAUGUGCAAAGGUAUAAAAAUAAUCAUGGCAGUGUUCAUUGUAGAGUGUGAAAUAAUGUACAUUGAUACUGAUCAUGCACAUAUAUACAUGUAUAAUUGAAAAGGUGUUGUGUACACAGAUAAAUUAUUUUUCAGAGGUUUCCGACUUUAUGCCGAAAAAAAGGUGGUAGAUUGAAUACUGAGAUUUUAAUUUUGAAGUAAAUAAUAUUAAAAUGGAAUAGGUUUCUGCACAGAUUGAGGAAGUGUUUUACAUGCUAUGGAUAAUUAAUUAAUUUACUACUUUGGAAAUGUCUCCUUUUGUUUUAAUUUCUUUGAUUAUUAACACAUUAAGCGGGCUGGUCCCUCUUUCACAUUGUAGUAUGUACCCAAUUUAUUUUUGUAAGCUUCAUCAUGAAUUUGUUUAAUUUCCUGGUAAUUUUUCCUGAUUUUUUAUUUGUUUUUGGUGGACAAAAAUUAUGACCACAAAAUACUUGUGCCCGAUGUAAUUAUGAAAGUGAAAUACUUAAAUUAACGAGACUAUCAAAAACUCGGUAUACAUUUCUUGCAUUAGGAGAUAUUUUCAUGUGCUGUAUUGAAUGAUCCCACAUUUAUAUUAAAACAUUUCGGGGGAAAAUGCAA